AUGAGCAAGAAAUCUCUCCCCGAUUCUCAGGAUGGCAACCAGCGAAAACCGCAGGAGUACAUGAACGACUUUCUCUCGGACGCCGAGAGCGGGUCCAAUGUCUCGCACGACCAGCAGAACGGCGGCGACGGUGGCGAGCACUACAUACCGUCGCGCGACUUUGCGCCGCAGCACCGGAUCUCGGCGUCCGCGUCGUACGUGCCCCGUAACGGCGAGGGCGGCGGAGGCAGCAACUACGCCGUGCAGCAAGUCGUGCCCAACACGCACAUCCCAAUGUCGCGGUCCAACUCCGGCAACAACGGCAGCGGCGGCGGCGGCGGCGGCGGCGGCGGCAGCGGCCACUCCACAGGGUACCGGAAUCGCGCCCAGAGCGGGGUUUCCAGCAACUACAUGAACAUGCGCUCUGUGCAAUCCAACAGUGGCUCCGCGCAGAACGUCAACCAGCCGGAGGCGUCCGCGGACCCCCGAGACAACGACAUCCCGCUCAUGGUCAAGCCCAAGACCCUGUACCAAAACCCUCAGACCCCGACCGUGCUGCCGUCCACAUACCACCCGAUCAACACCUGGUCCACGCUGAAACAGACGUACCUGAAGGAGUUCCUCGCAGAGUUCAUGGGCACAAUGGUCAUGAUCUUCUUCGGGUGCACCGUUGUCUGCCAGGUGCGCUCGGGCCAGCAGCAGCAGCGUGUCACAUUCCUCAAAGAGCUCUCUGCCAGCACCCAGGUACCCGCGGAAAACAAGAUCGAGCUUCUGCAGUACCUCAUGCCGGUCGACCAAUUCGGUACCUACGACGACGUCGCGCUCAUCUGGGGUGGGGCCGUGGUCAUGGGCUACUUCGCGGCCGGAGGUAGUGCUCUUUCCGGUGGUCACAUGAAUCCGGCUCUCACCCUCAGCAACUGCGUGUUCCGUGGUUUCCCAUGGCGCAAAGUGCCCGUGUACUGGGCCGGUCAGUUGCUUGGCGCCUAUUGCGGCGCCUUGAUUGUAUUCGCCUACUACAUGCCCGUCAUCAAAUACGUCUACCCAGACUGGAACGGCAACGAAACCGUUCUCGGUAUGUUUUGUACAUCUCCGCUGCAGUACCUCGACUCUUCCCGCCAGUUUAUCAGUGAGCUCAUUUGCAGUGCUGUUUUACAGGUUGGCAUUUUCGCUUUGACCGAUCCUUACACUUGUCUGCGUUCUGAUUUGUUCCCGCUUAUGCUUUUUGUUUUAAUCUUCUGCUUGAUCGGCGCGACAGCCUUGCAAACCGGCGCCGGCUUGAACCCUGCGCGUGACCUUGGACCGCGGCUGGCCCUCGCAACAGUGGGCUUUGAAAGCGACACUCUAUGGAGAGCCCAUCACCACUAUUUCUGGGUACCCAUCGUCGCCCCAUUCGUCGGCACCCUUCUCGGGGGUACUGUCUACGACAUAUGCAUCUACCAGGGGCACGAGUCUCCACUCAACUGGCCAUACUCCCUAGUAAAACACAAGGCAAGAAGGGCGUGGAGCAACCGCCCUCGUUUUUACAGGAAAAGGGCAGGCUCCGACUCCGCGGUCAGUGACUGGGAAUAUGACAACGAAAGCAACAACGCCAGUGCUAGAGACACAGAUAAUGAGGAUACGCCGAAGACAGGGUUCUUCCCCGAAUCUGAUCCUCAAAUUCAAAAGCACGUCCAAUUUAAAAGCAUGUCCAAGAAUUUCAAUGGCAAGAGAAAUCCUGUAUCGGGCAUUCCUACCAUUUUCGAGGAAGGCGAUGAUGACGAUGUCGACGAUGCUGAUGAAGCCGCUAGCGGCAACGAAACCGAAAAGAGGCCUCCCUUGAAGCCUAAAUCGUCGAAGUCAUUUGAUAAAAAAGGCAAGAAACAGUAA